GGACUUAUCUUAUCACCCCCUCAAGGUCUCCUCACAGGCUUAUAAACAACCUCAAAGACGCAUUCUCCUGUAAAUUUGGCAUGGAAUUCGCUUUCAGUCAUCGAUCAAAGCUAUCAUUGCCUGCCACUUUACGGAUACUCUCUUAAGAGCAUCUCCUUGAAACAACGUCGUACCUUUUCCGCCUCGUGGAAACCUGCCAUGUAUACAACCGACCUCUCGGAGGAGCAGGUUUCGGCCUUGAGGGUCAAUAAAGAUCGAUUGGCCAAAGACCUCCACUAUAGCUGUCAAUGGGGUGCUGGUAUACGAUGGGGGGAUGGAUCAACCGACACUGGUAUGCAACGUCUCGCCCUUUCCGACGAGGACAAGAAAGUCCGGGAUUGGUUCAUAGAAACGACAACGAAUUUGAAGUGCAGGGUCACCGUGGAUGAAAUGGGCAAUAUCUUUGCGGUUAGGCCUGGCAGAAGAAAAGAUGUGCCCGCAACGUUUAUCGGAAGCCACUUGGAUACACAGCCAACAGGUGGUCGAUAUGAUGGCAUCCUAGGUGUUCUAUCUGGAAUUGAAACCUUGAAGGUCAUGGAGGAGAUGGGCCUGGAAACGGAGGGUGGCGUAGGCGUGGUCAACUGGACUAACGAAGAAGGGGCUCGAUUCCCAGUCAGUAUGGUUUCUUCCGGAGUAUGGGCCGAGUGCAUCCCUCUAGAGCGAGCACAUGGACUCAAAGAAGUACCCACUGUCGCCUCCCUAUCCACGGCAGCCUCUGCUCCGGAAACAAUGAAAUCGGCCCUUGAGAAAAUCAAGUAUCUAGGGCCCGUUCCGUGUUCCUACAAAGAGACCCCAAUGGCAGCCCACUUUGAGCUUCAUAUUGAGCAAGGGCCCCAUCUCGUCUCUGCAGGCCAGCGCGUCGGUGUGGUGACAGCUGUACAAGCAUACCGUUGGUAUCACAUCGAUGUUAUCGGCAGAGACACGCAUACAGGUACCACUGCCUUUCAGCACCGGGCUGACGCUUUGUUCGCCUCAGCUCGCAUGAUGGUUCGCGCGCGGGAAGUGGCCGAUUCGCACGGGUGUCUCGCGAGUGUAGGUAUCAUCGAAGCGAAACCUGGCAGCAUAAACACUGUUCCAGGGCUGGUUAGCUUCAGUUUCGAUAUAAGAGCCCCAGAAACCGAGUUAGUCACCAUCGUUGAGGCAGACUUGCGAAAAGAAUUCGAUCUUAUUGCAGCAGAAGAAGGCAAGGGCAUUGGCAAGCCUUGUCGAGUUGAAUGGCGACUUGACUUUGAUUCCCCGGCCGUGAAGUUCCACCAAGACUGCAUCGAGUGUGUGCAACAAUCGGCCGAGGCCGUUGUCGCCGACGCCAAUGUCCCGGAUUCGAAAAGCCUGGUGCGGACCAUUAUGAGCGGUGCUGGUCAUGACAGCGUCUUCACGUCUAAGAGAGUGCCAACCAGCAUGAUUUUCAUCCCAUGUAAAGAUGGACUUAGUCACCAUCCGGAGGAAUUCAGUACUGCAGAAGACUGUGCUACGGGAGCGUCGGUAGUAUUGCAAGCUGUGGUGCGAUACGACAGGAAGAGAUUUGCCUAGAAAGCCAGCCAACCCAGUCGACAAUGUUUGAAACAGCGAGUCUUUUUAUAGCAUAAAUGCCUACGUGAGCCAAAAAUAUUGACUAUUGAAUAGUGCUGAGUCAUUAUGAUUUUGCCAUUAAUCCUAGGUACUUUCAUGACACAUAGAUACCGGC